CGGGGAGGACACCCGCCCUCCUGCCCCCGACACACAGCCAUUCCCCGCAGCGCUCCGCUCGGGGCGGCCGCCACCAUGUCCGCCCAGAGCCUGCUGAACAGCGUCUUCUCCUGCUCCUCCCCGGCCGCCGCCUCCUCCAAGAGCCUCUCCAAGCGGCGGCUCCGCCAGACCCGCAGCCUGGACCCAGCCAUCAUCGGCAGCUACAGCCGGGAGGAGGGGGACGCCCCGGCCAGGACGCCCCGAGCCAGGGCGGCUGGCGGCCCCUCGGCGGAGUGCCUGGCCGCCUUCUCCUCCCGCGCCCUGCUGCGCCCGGGGGGCGGCCCGCUCUGCGGCUCGCUCUCCACCCCCAGCACCCCGCUGGAGAAGUCCCCCUCGGGCAGCUUCCACUUCGAGUACGAAUCCAGCCCCCGGGGCAAGAGGAACACGGCCUGGGAGCUGCCCUUCCUGGCGCGCACGCCCUCCGCCUCCGCCCUCAGCGCCCCUGGCGGCGGCGCCGGCACCGGCACCAACAGCAUCUUCUUCUCCCCGAGGAAGUGGCUCCAGCAGAGAAAGGGGCAGCAGGCGCCCAGCAGCCACCCCUCCUCCUACAUCGUGUGGAAAUCCGAGGGUGACUUCACGUGGAACAGCAUGUCAGGACGCAGUGUUCGGCUGAAGUCAGUUCCUGUUCAAAGCCUUUCGGAGUUGGAGCGUGCCCGACUACAGGAAGUGGCUUUUUAUCAGUUGCAGCAGGACUGUGACCUAGGUUGUCAGAUUACUAUUCCCAAAGAUGGACAAAAGAGGAAAAAAUCCUUAAGAAAGAAACUGGACUCAUUAGGGAAGGAGAAAAACAGAGAUAAAGAAUUCAUACCGCAGGCUUUUGGAAUGCCCUUGUCCCAAGUAAUUGCUAAUGACCGGGCCUACAAACUCAAGCAGGAUUCUCAGAGAGAAGAGCAGAAAGAUGUGUCAGACUUUGUAGCCUCUCUCUUACCAUUUGGAACUAAAAGACAGAACAAAGAACUCUCAAGCAGUAACUCAUCUCUUAGCUCGACCUCGGAAACACCAAAUGAGUCCACUUCCCCUAAUACACCAGAGCCAGCACCACGUGCCAGGAGAAGGGGCGCAAUGUCUGUGGACUCUAUUACAGAUCUUGAUGACAAUCAGUCCCGACUGCUAGAAGCUCUACAACUCUCUUUGCCAGCUGAAGCUCAAAGCAAGAAAGAAAAGGCAAGGGAUAAGAAACUAAGUCUGAAUCCUAUUUAUAGACAGGUUCCCCGGCUUGUAGAUAGCUGCUGCCAGCAUUUAGAAAAACAUGGUCUCCAGACAGUGGGAAUAUUCAGAGUUGGAAGCUCAAAAAAGAGAGUCAGACAGUUACGGGAAGAGUUUGACCGUGGUGUAGAUGUUGUGCUAGAAGAAGAACACAGCAUCCAUGAUGUUGCUGCUUUAUUAAAAGAAUUUCUACGAGACAUGCCAGAUCCACUUCUCACCAAAGAACUUUACUCCGCCUUCAUCAACACUCUCUUAUUAGAGCCAGAUGAACAACUAAGCACCUUACAGCUUCUUAUUUAUCUUCUACCUCCCUGUAACUGCGACACCUUACACAGACUCCUGCAGUUCCUCUUUACGGUGGCUAGCCAUGCAGAAGACAGCACAGACAAAGAUGGCCAGGAGGUUAUUGGGAACAAAAUGACAUCACUGAAUCUGGCCACGAUAUUUGGGCCUAACCUGUUGCACAAGCAGAAGUCUACAGACAAAGAAUUCACAGUUCAGAGUUCAGCUCGAGCUGAGGAGAGUACUGCAAUCAUUGCUGUUGUACAAAAGAUGAUUGAAAACUAUGAAACCCUUUUCAUGGUUCCCCCUGACCUACAGAAUGAAGUGCUAAUUAGUUUGUUAGAGACUGACCCAGAUGUUGUGGACUAUUUGCUGAGAAGGAAAGCUUCCCAGUCAUCAAGCCCUGAGAUGCUGCGAUCAGAAGGUUCAUACUCUAUGGGAGGGAGGCAUUCUUCCACGGACUCCAACAAAGCCUCAAGCGGAGAUGUCUCCCCUUAUGACAACAACUCACCGGUACUGUCUGAACGGUCGCUGAUGGCAAUGCAAGAAGAUGUUGCCCUCAGUUCAGAUAAGCUGUACAAGGUACCUGAACAAUACAUGUUGGUUGGCCAUUUGCAAUCUAAAUCAAGAGAGAAUUCGCCUGGAUCAUGGGCUGGGAAAGAUGUUCCAGAGGAUCAUUUCAAUAUCUGGGGCACCUGGCAUUCAACACUGAAAUGUGGCUCCAAAGAUCAAGGAAUGACAGGUUCAUAUGGAAACAUUUAUGAAUGCAGCUCAUUGCGACCUGGACAGUGCUCUCUUUCCCAAGGGAACCUAUCAUUAAAUUGGCCUCGGUGGCAGGGUAGUGCCACAGAAUUGGAUAAUGGAAAGCAAAUAAUCCGAAGGAGUCAGACUGCUGCUGCCAUUCCUGAAUGUAGGCCUCAUCCCCCAGUGUCUCGCGUUUGCAGUACUUCGCAAAUUGAAGGUGGCAGGAGGAAUUCAGAUCAGUCCAAUUCAAGGUCUGAGCGGCAUUUGACUUUCAGUAGUGCAGAGGACCUUACAGAGCAUGACUCAAAUGUGGGAUGUUUGCCGAGAACAGCUAAACCUUCAUACCUGAGACAAGAAGAUAUAAGUAGAAAGGAGAGGCCACCACCCCCAUAUCCUGGCCCAAAAAAACAAACUUCUACGUUGUCCCAGCGACCAACUCUCUCUUCAACAGUGCACUCAUUGUGGAGACUUCAAAGACCAGAAAAAAGUUCAGGGACCACAGUAGCAGGAGGACCAGCAGCUGAAUCAACUGACCAAUCCACCUCCAGUCAGCAGUGGCAGGCCUCACAGAACAAAGUGGGUAACACCAAUUCCACUCCAGCCAAUAAUCAGAACAAUAAAAAUGUAUCAGAGCCAGACUGGCACGAUUGGCAAAGAGAGCGGUGGCAAAUUUGGGAGCUUUUAUCAGCUGAUAACCCAGAUGCCCUCCCUGAAACCCUUGUAUGAUCAGACUCUUAACAGAGAACUGCCCUCCAAGCCUACGCUUCUCUUGAAUAGGGAAAGACUAGUGACAUUAGAAAAC